AUGCUCUAUAAUAUCUUCACAGGGGGUUUUUAUCAGGAUGAAAUGGGACAAGUUGAUUGCAAAAGAUGCAGUAUUGGUACAUUUGUUUCUGAACAGCGACGUCCUGGGACCAAGGCUGCCGACUGCGUGGCAUGUCCAUACGGUAACUGCUGUGUUUGCUUUGGGCAAACUGCACCUUUUUUCAAUUCAAAUGCGCUUAAGAAUAAUCCUAAGAUUUUUUCCUUUUUUUUCUGAAAAGACGAUUGAUUCAACCUUUGACAGUCACAAUCGCCAAAUUUUAGUUCAUCACACAAAACAUAUUCAUCGAAAAUGGAUUAUCCGGAAGAGUACUCGUUUAAUUAUUUGUUCAGAGAAGAAUCAGGAGAUGUCUUAUUCGCAAGAUAAUAGUUAUUUAAUUCACUGGUGAGAUCUUAUUUCUCUGUAAACUCAGAGAAAAGAGGAGGUGAAUUCCUGUAAAAGCCCUUCUAUCGAAGUUAUGUUGUUUCAACAGAUUGGUCUUCGCCAUUGUACAAAGUAGUUGCUUGAAAAGGAACCAUUCUUUUUCAGGUACGCUUUCCAACGAGACUGCUGAAUAUCGUGCAUGCAGAUGCCUACACCAAUUUUAUCGAUUGGAUCGUUUCGGCUCGUGCUCAGCAUGUCCACCAUACGGUUUUGUUUGUGAGAAGGACACAGCAAUACUUGCUCCAAACUACUUCUGGAAAUGGUCAAAUCAGUCGGAGAAAGUACUUUUCAAAGGUUUCGUUAAUAAUAUCCAUUCUCCUGGACCAGACUACAACCGCUCCUUUUCAACGUUCAAUACUUUACUUCCAAAGCCACUCAAAUGUCCCCAUGCAAAGUCCUGCCGGGGUGGAAUUGACUCAGAAUGCCAUCAAGGAUAUCGAGGGACUUUAUGUGCAACCUGCUCGGAAGGCUUCUAUUUUCGCUUUAACUCUUGUUUGAAAUGUCCUCGGUUAAUUGUAACGGUAACUUCAUCCAUCUUGGUAAUUGUUCUUUUUGUUGCUGUGUUUCUAAUGGUUCUUCUGGGUGACUCCAGACGUGCAAAGAAUAACCGGACAGUCGCAGAUGUCGUUAUGUCGUGCUUUAAGAUUGUGAUUGGCUUUUACCAAGUCAUUGCUGGUAUUUUCUCGGCAUUGGCGAAAGUCCAGUGGCCAGUCGUUUUAAUCUCAACGGAGAAGGUUCUGAAAGUAUUUGAAGGGAACAUCUUGCAGUUUGCCCCUCUUAGUUGCAUUCAUACUUCUCUACGGCUCGAUCAGCUUGGAAAGUUCACGAUGGUUGUUGUCAUGAAUGUCGCGCUCGUUGGCUUGAUUUUCUUGUAUCUAUUUCUUAAAAAACGCUACAUCAUGAAUAAGGAGGACCUUUGUGGACACCAGAAAGUUAUGGAAGUUAAGAGUUUGAAGAAAUCUUGCUAUCGGAACAUUUUCCUAUUGUUGUUGACGACCUACCCCACGACAAGCAAAUCGAUAAUUCAGAUUUUACCUCUUCCCGGUGCCUGUGUAGAAACAUGUUUCACAGACGACAAGAGCGACUGUAUCUUCCUGCUGAGAGCUGAUUACUCCAUCCAGUGUUUCACUCCUCGCCACAGCUUGUAUUGGCUCAUGGCCUCUAUUUUGGCAUUAUAUCCCGUAGGAUUUCCACUUUUGGCUUUGUUUCUCACUUACAAAUAUCGUGAGUCCCAGGAAUACGAAGCCAUUUCUUUCGGACUCAGAGUGUUCUUUGAAAACUAUAGGAAUGAAUUCUGGUUCUGGGAAAUCACAGAGAUGUAUCGAAAGCUGAUUCUAACCUCAUUGAUUUUUCUUUUUGGAUCAAAGAGCCUUUCUCAAAUCGGUAUCACGGUUCUGACAGUUAGUAUCUUUGGAGUGGUCUACAGCCUAUUCCGACCAAUCAGGGAUAAGUUUGAAGAUCUCUUGCAAAUAUUUAGUCUUUGGAUAAUUUUCUUUGACGUUUGCCUUGGUGCAGUUUACACAAACUGGGACGAGAGUCAAGGAGAGGGCAAGAACGACUCAAUCUUUGUGAAUGUCCUGUUCGUGGUCCUUAACGCCUCUGUAUUGUUGCUUGCCAUUGGUAAGUGCCUGUGCUUCUCUGUUUUAUUCAGUGUAAAUUUCAGUCAUUCG